AUGUCGGCCCCAAAAGACGACAUUGUCGUCACCCGCGUAGAUCGGGAUUCCCGCGGCAAACCGACAAACGAGGCAACCGAGACGACUUCGCUCCUGAGCGCAGGCGCCCAAGAGAGCGAAACCUCUUGCGAAGACACAUGGCCUGGCUAUGCCGAUUUUGAGGGUUUGCCAUGGUGGAAGACACCAUCUGUCUACUGGCUACUCGUCCCUUAUGCCCUCUUUACCCUAGCUUUUGGAGGUUCCCUUGUGCCCAAGCUGAACCUAAUCGUGGAUUUGGUCUGCCAACGGCACUUUGCCGACCAGACCAUCCUCGACCCGGCAUUCGCCUUCACGCCGGUGGUGCUUGGUGCCGACAACCCCCAGUGCUUCAUUCCUGAAGUGAAGAAGCGCGUGUCCAUGUUUACCCUAGCUAUCAACUUGACCACUGGUAUUCUAUCUGCGAUUACGGCCCCUAAGUUGGGUCAUCUUUCAGACCGGUAUGGCCGCAAGAAGCUUCUGGCCUUGGCAUCUUGUGGAGGUGUUGUUGCGGAAUUAGUCGUCAUUGCCUGCGCCAACUUCCCAUGGACUUUUCACUACAAUUGGCUGCUCCUUGGUGCUGUUGCCGACGGACUUACCGGGUCCUUCACCGCUGGUAGCGUCCUCAUCAACUCGUAUACCAGCGACUGCACUCCGCCAUCCAAGCGUGGCGUACGCAUCGGCUAUCUCCAUGCCUGCCUCUUUAGCGGUUUAGCCUUUGGACCCCUGAUUGCAGGUUAUUUUGUCACCUGGACUGGCAACCUGCUCUCGGUCUUUUACGUCACCUUGGGAUGCCAUAUUGUCUUCAUACUCUUCAUUGGUAUCGUUGUGCCCGAAUCCCUCAGUGUCAAACGUCAGAUCCGGGCUCGAGAAAAGUACGACCGAGAGCAAGAUGCCCUGGCCGACGAUGGCUCUAAAUGGGCCUCUAUCAAGGCAGCCAAUCCCUUGGCUCCUUUGAAGACUCUUUAUCCUACGGGUCCGGGCACUUCGUCGCGACUCCGUAUGAACCUGCUCGCUCUUGCGUUUACCGAUAUGAUCCUCAUGGGCGCGGCCAUGAGCGCGGGCACUGUUAUUCUCCUGUACUCCGAAUCUCCCGACACCUGGGGCUGGGGCACACUGGAGAGCUCGCGAUACAUCUCGGCCGUCUCCAUGACCCGCGUUAUGGCACUGAUUGUCGUGUUGCCUAUCAUCAACUAUGUCUUCCGCGUUAGACCCGCUGCGUACCGUCGAAGAGUCUCCGGGGUUUCCAUUGUCGAGUCCAACAACGGCGCAGACACUGCCGACACCUGGAUCCUUCGUUUUGCACUCUCGUCCGACGUUACGGGUGCACUCGGCUACCUCUUUGCGAGAACUGAGACGGUUUUCAUCCUUUCUGGUAUGGUUACUGCUUUUGGCGGGCUUGGUAGCGCGACGAUUCAGGCUGCCAUUACGAAGCACGUUCCUGCGGACCAGGUCGGUCAGCUGCUGGGCGCCAUUGGUGUCCUGCACUCACUCUCAAGGGUUUUGGGACCAAUUGCGUUUAACACCCUUUACUACUCGACGGUCGGUGUAUUCGACCAAGCCAUUUUUGUUCUUCUCUCGUCCCUGUUCGGGUUGGCAUUGGUGGCCAGUUUCAUGGUGAAGCCGCAUGUCUACCUUGAGGACGCAUAUGAACCAGUUAGCACAUCGCCGCGAGCAGACGCGAGCACUGAGACUUUGGCGGAAGUAGUCGCGGAAGAAGAAUUAAUACCCAACAACUAA